UUUAAGUAUCUAAUAAUCUCGUUCUAGUCAGAUCUCUUCCAUCAUUCUUCAUCAUCGUCUUGCUCCCCGUUUCAUCCCCCUGUCAGUCAAGCACUGCCUUCAUUUCCCACGAUGGGUGGUUCGGUCUUCAAGCAGAGUGGUCUCGACACCCCACGUAUGCCAGAACAUGUUUACACCUACACUUGUAAGCGCGCCGAAGACUUGCUCCGCAAACAUUUCCUGUGUUUUGGACAUGCAACCGAAGCGCCAGCCAAGGAGAACUAUGGAGAUGUGGACAUUUUCGUGGCUCUGCCAGUCGAUGAGGGUUUGUGGUCUGGAGAUGAGGCUCGUAAUGGAGCACUCCUGAGCUUUCUUCUUGGUGGCAAGGAGUGGAAGCACACCCAGGGUAGCACGACCUAUCAUGUCGCCGUCAAGUGGCCUGGAGAAGACGAUUUCCAGAAGGAAAACAAGGCCAAAGCGGCAAAGCCAAAGGACAAGAAAACCGAGCUGACCGCCAUCAAUACCAACGUCAUUGACAAAAACAAAUACAUUCAAGUCGACAUUCAGCUCUGCCCCACUAUUGCAAGCUUUGAUUGGCAUAUCUUCUUCCAAGCCCAUGGCGAUCUUUGGAGCAUACUCGGAGGAAUCAUUCGUCCCUAUGGCCUCACCUGCAACAGCACUGGCUUGCAUCUCAGAAUCGAGGAAGUGGAAAAGCACAACAAAGCUCAAUCUCGUGUCUUGAUGACAGACCACCCAGACAAGGUGCUCAAAUAUCUCGGUCUCGACGCUGAUGCCUACGGCAAGCCUUUCAAGAGCCGCGACGCCCUCAUGGCUUAUGUUGCAUCAUGCCGCUUCCACGACCCUAUGAGGGAAAUCAGCAUGAGAGGCAAAAACGAAGAGCGCGUCGAGAAGAGGAAGAUGUAUGCAGCCUGGUCCAAGGAGUACCUCCCUGCUCACAAGGGAGAUACUCCGGGUUCAAGUGCUGGUAUGUCGAGACAGGAAGUCAUUAAGGAUGCCAGAAAAUUCUUUGGCGACGAGUUUGGGAAGCGGUUUGAGGAGCAAAAGAAAAAGGCAGUGCGGGAGAUCAAAGAGGAAGAUUUGUGGACAUUCAUUCGCAGCUUGCCAGGCGUGGGAGCGGACAAGGCGGACAAGACGUACACGACGAAGGGCAUGAAGAGAGAGAUCAAGGGAAAGAUUGAGGAAGUGCCUGAGAGACAUCGCACAGGGAUCGAAGGGGUGAGACAGGCCUUCAAGGACGGACGGUUCGACGACGUGAAGCGAUGGGCAGAGGAAUGUUGGAGGAGUGUCAUGGAGCGACAGAAGAGAGUUGACGAGAUGAAAUCGAGGGCCAAUCUGCUCGAGAAGAAGAAGAAAGAUGCGGCAGAGAAGAAUGGGGCUCAGGCUUGAUGGCAGGGCGCCGAUGAUCUGUGACGCCCUUGGUAUCUCUGGUUCCUGAAUAGGUACACUGGAUGAUGACCCGGGCGACAGACAGAGAUUAUGGUGAGCAUUCGAAGGUGGACUGAGCAGAGC